CUUAGAUUGAGUCAGUAGGUGAGUCAGUCGGGGGGAGUAGAGUCUACGUGGGGAGGAGUGGAACCGUUGUCUGGUUGUGCACCUUCCACCAUGGUUGACACCCGUACAGGGAAGAGUACUGCCCCCUCCGAGGCUGAGCAAGCCCGGAUUGCCGCCCUUCUGAAAAAAAAGAGAGAAAAGAAAGAGAAGAGGGAACCCCUGAAACAGGCGAAGUUAAAGGCCAUUGAGGAGGAGGAGGCGACAAAGAAGCAAAGAUUGGAGGAGGAGAUGAUGAGAUUUCAAAGGGAGAAACUGAUGUUGAUAGAGAGGGAGAAAGAAGAAAGAAGAAAGGCUGCAGAGGAAGAGGCAGAAAGAGAGGAGGAAGAAGAAAAGGAAGAGCCCCUUGAGAGAAGAGGCAGAGAGGAGAGAGGGGAAGUCAGUGGCACGAAGGAAGAUGACGGAUGGAGGGAGAAAAAGAUCAGCGAAUGGGUGGCUAACUUAUCGUUAGGAGAAGAUGAAGAGGCACUAUUGUAUGUGCCGCAGGAGGAGAAGGAGGCGUUUGCCCAGACAUUGGAGAUGAUACACGAUCAUGUGGAACGCCAGGAGGCAGAAAAUGAGAAGAAGCUGGAGCGGAAGCUGAAAUUGAUGAGGGAGAGGAAGAGAAGGAGGGAGGAAGCCAGUCGAAUAGCCGGUGAGGUUGAGCGUGUGCGAACCAGAAGGCAAGAGAUGCAGGCCCAAACAAAGGUCUCAGCCAAGUUGGAUAAGAUGAUGGGCUUUCUGGAGAUCUUGAGCGAGGCCUGGCUAGAAGAGCACCAGGCCCGUAAGGGCCAAGAUGUGAUUCUACAAGCGAUGCGAUCUGGGUUUAGGGAGUUUGCGGGUGACGUGGUGGGCCACGUCGGGUCUGAGAUUAGAAGACUGAAGGACGACGUCAAGUAAUUCUGCGCCGGAGCCAUCGAGACC